UUUUAGGAACUUCGCACACCGUGACACCCCACGUUCCGCUUACACAAGGAUCACAAAGCUAUAUAGGGCAAACAACGCCUCUAAAAAACACAAGGUUCAAUAAGUUGUCCAGAAAAACCUACAGAAGCGGGGGCAAUAAGACCAAGCCUUACGUUAGGCCCGAGACAGAGUACACAGUGUGUCAAGAACCGGGGCCAUCCGGAAUAACACAGAACAAAGUCGAUCACACAACCCCUUGCCACUACGGACCCCUUGAAGACCCCUUGAUGUUUUUGGAAUAUUUACGUGAUAUUGAACUCCCAGAACAACAAGAAAAACCACAACCUUUGGGCAACGUCGGAGAAUCGGAAGAAUUCUUCAUCACCGGGCCACACAUACCAGCGAGUGUUCACAUUUUACAGAUGAGAGAAGGCUGUGAAUGGGAUGAAAAAACUGGAGAGGAGACUGGAUUUUUGCAGUACGGUUAUAACGGAGAAGACUUUGUUGAGUUUGAUCUGAAGACACUGACAUGGAACGCACUGAAACCAGAAGAUGCCAUUACUAAACAGAGAUGGGAUGCUGACAGUGUUAGAACAAAUGUCAACAAAAACCUUUUCAUUAACAUUUAUCCAAAGUGGAUAAAGAAGGUUUUGUCCUAUGGAAAAGGCUCCCAGCAGAGAAGAGGUAGAAUCACAACACCUGAUGUGGUUUCGUGGAUGUAGUAGUAGUAGUAGUGUUUAUUUUGUUUAUUUUGUAUUGCAUAGUCUUCCAAAAAAAAAGCAGUUGUAUGGCACAACAUUUUGGCUUAUUUUGUAAUUAUUGUAAUCAUUGUAAUCAAGAAGGUAACUCUGAAAGAGGCUCGAUCCACACACGUCUGCUACUAUCUGUUAUUGAUCAUUUCAGUUUAAAAUUUCUGUCAAUAAGACUUUCAGGCACAAAGAAUGAAAAAUAAAAAAAUAAUAGGGAGGGUGCUGACAGAAAAAUUAUUAAGUACUCAUUGAGAUGAAGAGGUCUUUAAGUAAGAGAGGAUCUUUUACAAAAAAAACAAUACAAAAAUGUAAACAGGUAGCUAAUGCAAGGGCAUAUUAUACAAUUAUUAAGAAAACUGUGUGCAAGGGUAGUUGUAGAUAAUGUAACAUUCUAAAAUAUUGUAAUGAAAUCAGUUUCAUAAUCUUUAUAGCUUAUCCCAUUUAAAGGUCAUUUAAAGUAUUUUCCCAAAUUUAGCUUUACCGCUUGUUCAUACUAACGUUAAAAUGUACCGUGAUGUGUCUUCAGAUCCUAGUUAUCUCUCUACAGAAAACUGGACCAGCUCCCAUUCAAAAAUCCUAGGGCUAUUAACACAAUAGACUAAGGACCCUAGAACUGAAGAAGCUUCUCGAAUGAGAGGUGAAACGUCUUCAAGCAACUUAAAGAAGUCUAGAUGCUUUUUUUCUUUCCAAGCUCCUUAG